AUGAUGAACAAGAGAAGGAGGGAAGAGAUACAAGAAAGAAGACAGGAAAGGUCUAAGGAGAUAGAAGAAAGGCGGAACACACCAGAAGAAACCAGAAAGGACGAAGAAAGUAUAAAGGAGGUAGAUGAGGAAAAUAUUAGAAGAAACGGUAUAAGGGAAGUCGAGGGACAAGAGAAAAGAUAUAUAGGAGAAGAGGAAAGAAACGACGGGGAGAGUGAAGAGACGUGGAAAGUGGCCUUUUGGAACGUAGCUGGUUUAUCAAACAAGGAUAAGGACUUCUGGGAAGGGAUAAAGGAAUGGGAUGUGAUUGUGAUGAUGGAGACUUGGACUGAUGAGAAAGGAUGGGAGAAGGUGAAGGAGAAGCUAUCGAGAGAAUUUAGAUGGAGAGUACAGAUAGCAACCAGAAGGAACAAGAAAGGCAGAGCAUGCGGAGGCAUGUUGCUAGGAAUAAGGAAAAGCAUAGAAGAGAUAAAGGAAAGAAGAGAGACGGAGGAAGAAGGAAAAAUCGAAGGUAAGAUAAGAAUAGGAGAGGAAGUAUGGAGAAUAAUAGGAAUCUAUGUAAACAACAAUAUAGACGAAAAACUAAAAGGUCUGAAGGAAAGGACGGAGAAGGGGGAAAAAGGAGUAAGGACCAUAAUAGGAGGUGACUUCAACGCGAGAACGGGAGAGGAGGAAGGAUGGGAAGAGGAAAUCGAACGAAGAAAGGAAAGAGGGAGGAAGUCUAAAGAUAAGAAGAUAAAUAAAGAAGGCAGAAAGUUACUGGAGUUUAUCGAGGAGAGAGGAUGUAUGAUAUUAAAUGGAGGCACGAAAGGGGACGAGGAGGGAGAAUAUACAUACACAGGGGGAAGAGGUGAGACAGUCAUAGAUUACAUAAUAGGGGACGAGGAGGUUAGAGAAAAGGUGGAAAGACUGGAAGUAGGAGAAAGGAUAGAUUCGGACCAUCACCCAUUAAUACUAUGGGUGAAAGGAAGCUCGAAGAGAAGACAAAGGAGGAGAGGAACUGAAAAAAUGAGAAGACGGGGAGUAUGGAAUGAUGAAGGAAAGACGCAAUUUAGGGAGAAGUUAGGCGCGAUUGGAGGAAAAAGAGACUUGCAAGAGGAAAUAGAGGAAGGAACAAGGAAGAUAAGAAGAGUGAUAGAGGAGAACGAGGACAAGAAUGAAAGAGUGACUAUCAAGAACAAAAGAGGGUGGUGGGACGAGGAAUGUACGGAGAGCAAGAGGGAAGUGAGGAAAGAACUAAGGAAAUGGAGAAAAGGGAAAGAAGAGGCAGAAAGAUACAGAGAAAGAAGGAAAGAAUAUAGGGAAAUGUGUGACAGAAAGAAGAAGGAGGAGAAAGAAAGAAUGAUUAGAGAGAUUGGAGAAGCGAAAACGGAGGGAAAAGUAUGGGAGUUGAUAGGCAGAGUAAGGAAGAGAAGAAGAAGGGUGAAUGAAGAGAUAAAACCGGAAGAGUGGAAGGAGUAUUUCAUAGAUCUGAUGGGUGGAGUGGAGAACAGAGUGGUAAAGGGAGAGGGAAACGGAAGUAGACAGGAGGAAGAAGAGAUAGGAUUAGAAGAGAUAAGAAACGUAAUAAAGAAACUAAAGACGGGAAAAGCAAUAGGCAAUGACGGAAUACCUAACGAGGCAUGGAAGUACGGAGAAGAAGAAAUGGUGAAAUGGAUAUGGGAGGUAUGCAAGCGUGUCUGGAGAGGUGAAGGCUGGCCGGAACAAUGGAAGGAAGGGGAGAUAAUCCCAUUAAUUAAAAAAGGAGAAGAGCGAGAGGUGAAGGACUAUAGAGGAAUAACCAUCAUGUCUUCGAUGUACAAAAUCUACACGGCGAUACUGGCGGAAAGAAUAAGAGAAGAA